GUUGUAUAUGUUGAUGGAAUGAAGAGGAAAAGAGAUUGCGACAACACGAGAAAGAAAUCCUUGAAGUUCAAGAAGCGAAGGAAUGAAAUUCAUACCAAGCGAACACAUGGUAUUCUAUCAAGUGAAAAGAAGGAUGGCAAGACGUACGAGACAAAUAUUGGCCUCACGUUACCCAAAGCUACCA